GAGGCUGGAUUGACAUAAUGACAGUAUGAGAAAGUUCUCCUUACACACAGAAAAUUUGAAUACAAUUGAAAUAACGGGUGUAAGACAACUGACAAGAAGCGUUACAUGACGUCAAGUUGAGUUGAUGUUCGCGGGUAUUCCUACUCCGUGUCUGUCAGUACCCAGGGCGGCUUCCUCCCCAUUCCCCGAAUCCCUCCUCGCAGAUCGUCUAAGGAGUGAGGACAUCGCCUUAGCUUUCAAGACAUUGGUCAGAGGUUUUUUGGUCUGGAGUGAUGUCAGGAACACCGUCUGCUCCGCCUGUCUGAGGAACUUCUUUUCUUCUGACAACGGAACGGAUAAGAAUAAGCACCUGAAGAUUCAAGUGUUCUUUCAAAUCACGAUAGAAGUUGGCCGAUCGUGACCUACCUGUGUGUUAUGUGGAUGUCGAAGACUCAUUUGAAGGACUAAAUGGCGCUCCUUUGGUAGGGGUCGCGCAGGGGGCGAAUAAAAUUAGAUUCCACGUGGAUGGAUGUAUGCUAUUUGGAACUGUGGUGGAAUGACUGUUUACUGCUGCUGUUCUCUGAACAAAAAUAAAUUGUGUUUACACCAAACAAAGGGAAUCCAGAAACUACAAGUUUGAACCGAGUUGUAAUGCAAGAACCAUUUCUAGUAAAAGAACCAGAAAAUCGCAGCUGUCAGCUAUGGUUGGAGAAACUGAGAAAAACCAGCAAGGCAUCGAAGAAAUCAGAAUCUGUUUGAAUAACUGAAGAACGAGUGGCCAUGAUUGAAGCUCAAAGGUUCAUUCCACGGAAAGAGCUUGACUAAGAUCCUGUACUGCCAUCCUUUGAGAAAGAAGGGCACAUUAAUUAAGCUGCUGCCAUUCCCGCAAAAGGGGAGACCCUCCAGAUUCAAGGCAAGAUGGGCUCCUGCGUCAGGAAAUGCCGAUUGCUAAGACUCAAGCUGAAGAAGCGAUGGAUGACGAUAUCGUGGGUGACGUUAUGCGUCGGAAUGUUCUACAUAGAAUACAUGCGCUACAAGAGAGACCCGAAGUACUAUUAUCUGAGACGGAUGUUGGGGGUAUCUAUGUGUAUUUCACGUGGAACAGCAGCAGUUCUGAAUUUAUCUUGCUGCUUUAUAGUGAUUCCUAUGUGUCGUGCAUUAGCAGCCAGUAUUUCUUCGGCUUUCCAGACUUUCUUGUCAUUAUUCCGGUCAGAGAAUAAAAAUCGUUCGCCUUCUCUACCUAUGUUUCUUACAAAUAGUUUUACUCAGACUGCUAAGUCAGUCCACACUUUGAUAGCUGUAACUGUGAUAAUAUCUUCAGCAUUGCAUACUGUUUCUCGUUAUUACUGUAAACAGUACCCAGAAAUCAAUCUAGCUGCUUAUAGGGGUCAGAACCCCUUUUAUCUCUUCGUGGCAACAGUGCCUGGAAUAACUGGCAUUGCUAUGACAGCUGUGCUGUUAGCUUUGGCGUUCACGUCAACUCAGUGGGCACGAAGUAAGAACUACAAUGCCUUCUUCUACACCCACCACCUUGGGCUAUUAUUUUUAGUUUUACUUCUCAUUCAUCCUUUAAGGGGGUUACUUAAGGAACAGAAGAACAUUAAUGGUCACAUCCCUGGUUGCCAGAUGUUUGAAAGCACUGGUGAUGAAGAAGGUUUUCCAGAGCCAGAGCCGCUAGAGUAUUAUGAAGUUCCAUCGAAUGAUCCAAGUUUCAAUAAAUUUCAGGCAGCCUUAUAUCAGAAGUCUAAUUACUAUGGAAACAACAUAUGGAACCUAACUUCUAGAGAAUUUGAGUCACGUGUAUCUGCAGUAAAUUCAACUAAAGGUACAUCACAUGAUGAUGCAGGAAGAGGGUCUGAAGUGAAACUUUAUGUUUGGAGGAAAACUUGCAAUGAACCACCAGUUUUCCAGUCAAUUCACUCUCAGACAUGGGUUUGGAUUUCAGUAGCUUUCCUCUUGUGGAUUGCAGACAGCGUAGUUCGAUGGUGGCGACAGCGAGCUGAAGUUCAAAUAGUCAGUGUUGUUCAUUAUCCAUGUGAAGUAAUCCAGUUAACUUUCAAGCAGUCUGGUUUUUCAUGCAAACCUGGUCAGCCACCUUCGGAAUAUGCUGAUACAUUUACUAUACUGAUGCGUGUCAGAGGGGAUUGGAGCAGAAGAUUUUCAAAACAUUUCCCAGCUUCAGAAUCAAGUUCUCCUUUGCAAUGUGGUCAGAUGCCAAAUGAUACCGAUUCUCCCUAUUGCCCUGUUAUGACACAGUCUAGUCUGAGAAAUAAAAAAGUGAACAAUAAUGCUAGUCAGUCAGUGCACAGAUAUCUUGAACACAGUCAAUCUAUUCGCGGAGAUUAUGAUUGUAACCCACCCAACAUAUCUUCAGGUCCACCUACUGAUCCUUUGUAUCAUGUGCUCUCAAUUAGAAAAUCUAAUAGUUACUCAUUUAGCCCCAGAGAAUGUAGUAAUAAAAGCUUGAAAUUAUUUAAUCGUGCAAUAUUUCAUAAUAACAGAAAUUGUGUCCAUUCAGAGUUUUUAUUUUCCAACAUAUUGUUACUUCAAGGUAACAGAAACUCAUUACCCCACAACAGUGAGUUGCUCAGCCCUCAUCCGAAUUAUAUUCAAGAAAAUUCUGAAAUCAGUGAUGUAUGUACAUAUUUCAGUAAAUCAAAACUGUGUUCUCACUCAAAGGGUCCUUGUUGGGGAAGUGGAACAACAAAUAACUGUAGAAAUAGUUUCAUACAAAAUAAUAAUAAACUUAAGCAAAAUGGACUUGGAAAUGAUAUUUUGUGCCUGUGUCAAGAAGUAUGCAUACCUUCAGGACCCCAUAAAUGCUGUUUGAAUACAAUUAAUAACAAAAGUGUAAGGGAAGAACAGAGAGAUCAUGUAAUUAACUUCAAUGCAUCAUUUUAUCCCAGGCUGUGUGUUGAUGGUCCAUAUAAUUCUCCAAGUGAGGAGAUGCUCCAUUAUCCAAUUAUAAUAGGGGCUGCAGGUGGAAUUGGUAUAACACCAUUGGCAGCUACUCUUUCACAUAAACUAUGGCAUCCAACUAAGUGGCCAAACCGUAUUCACAUGAUAUGGGUGGUAAGGGAUGCAAGGCUCUUACUAGUUAUUGCACCUUUGCUCUCUAGUUUGCUUCUUCAUUGUUGGCAGACAAAUAUGGAGGACUCCAUUGAACUUCGACUUCAUGUAACCAUACCUACAUCACAAGAAGUUUUGCAGGAUUUGUUUGCUGAAAACUACCCUAGUCUGUUGCCUCGCAUAAGUCAAGGUCGACCACAGUGGAAGCACUUGUUCCAUGAGUGGUGCCAAUCAUACAGAAGGAAGAAAGUGGGAGUCUUCACCUGUGGACCUCCAAAAUUGUGCAGUCAAGUACGAAGACAUUGUAUACAAGCAGUAACUAAAGGAGCCAAUUUCAACUACCACCAAGAGUCAUUUUCAUAAAUAAAACUGAAUUUUAUUUA